CCAACUACCUAUCCGCGCUCCCAUCGAUUGCUGUUAAGCGGGUCUGUGGCGUGCCUUCUACGUUCUUGUAGGCAUCGCAGCAACCAGUUUUGGUUCAACAAGUUUAUCCGACCGGCGUUUCGUACACGAGUGUAUACCAAUACGUGUAUGCAUGGUGUAUCUCCGAGCAUACUCCCACCGCUGGGUUUCCGUAUGUUACUGCUGCUGACUAGGCAUUGUAGCACACAUAUUUGGUCGUUUUUUCCUGUAUACCCUAAUAAAAUAGCCGCCAACAAAAUUCCUAAGUGCGUCGCCGCGUUCAUUAAAACGAUUUUCGUUAAAAUUUUGAUGAUUACGUGAAGUAACAGUGCUAAAAUGUUUGUAAUAAUGUUAUUUCGAUAUAUUUGAUGAAUUUAUUGAUUUAAAUUUAACGCAUUUUUAGAGAACUUGAUUUAAUGUAAAAAUCUUGUGUAUGAUUUUAUCGUGUUCAGUGAUUACGAUAAAUUAUCAACUAUUGACAGACUGGAAUAUUGGAUUCAGUUAUGUCACUGGUCGUUAAACUUUGAUAACCAUAGUGGGGUUGACCCAACAACUACAUUAUCUAAUUCUAAAGUCUUAACCAUGGCUACAUUAAAAAAGAAUACAGUUGUGAUUACGCAACCAAUUCGGAAAGUGUCAAUAGGUACUAGUCCUUUAAAUUCACCUCAUGUUAAAAGAUUACCAUCAGCUGCUGUUACAUUACAAGGAUGGCUUUAUAAACAAGGAAGUGAAGGAUUAAUGUUAUGGAAAAAACGAUGGUUUGUUUUAUCUGAAUUUUGUCUUUUUUACUACAAAAAUGAUGAAGAAGAAAGAUUAUUGGGUUCAAUAUUGCUACCAUCAUAUAAAAUAUCCCCGUGUUCACCUUCUGAAGAUAAAAUUUUUCGGAAAUUUAGUUUUAAGGCUGAGCAUGACAAUAUGAGAACAUAUUACUUUGCAGCUGAUUCAAGGGAGCUCAUGAUUCAAUGGAUGGAUGGUUUAAGUUUAGCUACAAUUCUUCAACAAAAUAAUGGGUAUACUGAACGAAAUAUGAAACUUCUUCAAUUCUCAAAUAAAAUGGAAUUUCAAAACUCAAGUUUCAUAAAUUCAUCGAUUUAUUCAACACCAAAAAAUUUAAAUAAUACUGAAAUAAACUGUAAGACUUAUAAUAAUCAAAUUGCUCAACCUCUUUAUGCAAAUGCGCCACCUAAACCCAGACGUGUAAUAGAUUCCCUAGACGAACAUCGUCAAAUCGCUCAACCUCAAUAUAGUCAUUCAUCUUUAGUGAACAAUAUUUAUAAAAUAUCAUUGAAUAGCUCCGAACGUCGCACACCUGAUGAUUAUGGAAGAAAUGAUUUUAAGUAUUCUAAUUCAAGUGAGUACGAAGAAGUUAUCGAUAAAUAUAAUACACCAAUCCCAAUUCAUUAUCGAGAGAAGAAACACUUUUAUAGACCUCAUAGUGCUGAUUUUUUGGAUUACGACACUAAUCAAAUUUAUAAAACUCAAACACUGGGUAUAACUGAUUAUAAGCCUUAUGAGUAUAAUACUGUUGAAAAUAACAAAAGACCAAAAUCAAGUCUAGAUUUUAUUGAUGAUUCCGAUAGCUAUUGGUCAGAGAAUGCUUAUGCAGAGAAAAUGAGACAAGCAUCUUUAAGUCUAAAUAAAGAUAGCAAUUUUAAAGUUAACACAUCAGCUUUAUCGCUAAAACAAUUGGGAAUCUAUUUAAACGAUGUAAAAACGGAGCCUUUUGGUGAAUGUUUAUUCCAAAUUAAAAAUCAGAGAAAUUUCAUCAAAGAACAAGAAAAAAGAUGGAGUGACUAUGUUAACUCAUUUAAUAGGUCAGCCAGUGCCAGAGUAACACGAAAUAUAGAAAAAAGUAGUCACGAAUUAAAUAAACAAAAAAGAAGCACGAGUUUACAACGGAGAAAUAGUGUGAAUUCUAAAGAUAAAGAAAAGAAAUCACAGCAGCGAGAAGAGUCAAUGAAACGCUUAUUAGAUUGGAAACAACGUAUGUUACAAUCAACUUUAACUAGAAAAUCAUUGGAGUCUCCUAAUCGAAGUUCUGCUCAAAGUGAACUUUCAAUAUAUUAUAAAAAAAAAAGAGAAAAUAGAAUGACUUUAAAAAACGAUGGGAAUAAUUUUGGAAAAAAGUUAGCUAACGUUAAUUAUAACAAAGCUCCUGAUUAUCUUAUUAACGAAUUAACAAUUGAAAAUGAUUUUAAUUCUUCUGAAGAUGAAGAAUCAAAAACGAGGACAAAUCAAAUUGAAAAUAAUAUAUCAAGCACAAAAAACACAAAUGAAAUAACACCAGAUUCAAAAUACUAUAAUACUAAACAAUUUUACACCAAAUCAAAUGUUAAACAACAAUUAUCUGACGUGACUGCUAGCUCAGUAAAUUCUUUUUUAAAAAAUGAUAUUCUUAUUCUAGAUAGUCGUCAAUCUGAUAGUGGUUAUGGUACGUUACAAAUGGGUAGCGUUCUUUCUUCCAAAGAUCCCGAUAUUGACCAGUUAUUAAAAUUAGAUUUUGAUAAACAGAAUAGUAUACAAAAACUUAUUAAAAACUUUGAAUCCAAAGAAAUGAAAGAGCCACUUCAAUUUCUGUCUUAUCGUACCAAUGAAGCUCAAAUAUCGUCACUGAAAAAAGAAGAUGUUCAAUAUUCAUUUGCUCAAAAUCCACAAUCUGUUAGAAAUUUGUUAACUAAUUUCGAAAAAAAAAAAGAGAGAUGUGUGUUUAGUGACACAGAAACACUUUUAUACGAAACUUCAAGUGACACUGAAAUAAUUUUACCAAAUAUAAAUCACAAUGGAAUUACAUUUACUGAUGAUGAUGACCCAGAUAUUCAGAAACAAAAAUAUGAUUCCAACGAUGAACAAUAUUACUUACCUAUGACACCAUCAAAAAAAUCAGUUUUAGAAGAUGAUAUUUCAAAUUCAAAUUUAUUAAUUAUAAAUACUGAAGAUCAAGAAAACUAUGUUGAAAUGUCUCAAAGUACAAAACCAAUAUUAGCUCCUUCUUCAAAACUUGAUAAAAAAUCGCAUUAUGAAUACAUAACAUACAAAACAAACUCCAAUUAUGAACCAGUGUAUACAGAGGUUAAAACAAAAGUGUUACCAGAUAUUUUAGAUUCUUCAACAAGUUUAAAUAAAAAUGCCUUGAAAUCGGAUAGUUCUGACGCUGACGAUGAAGCAUCAAAAGAUUUAGAUUCACUUGACACACCUUGUCAUCCUAGAUUUAGUUUAUCAGAUACUUUUAGACCAGCUUCUUAUUAUUUAGGAGCUGCUACGAAUGAUGAUGUACACGAUUCAUCGGAUAGUGAUUUAGUUUCCCCGCCUCCAAUUAAUUUUGAAAAAAUUAAUGAACUCAAAACUAUUAGAGACAAAAUGGAAUCUCUUAUACAAUCUGUAUCAGAGUCUGACUCAGACUCAAGUAAAAAAGAAAAACAAACUAUGCCCAAUAUUGAUUUAGACUCUAUAGGAAGUAGAAACGGUUUUUAUGAAAUUGAUUUAAAUUUAGAUGAUUAUUUAGAGAAAAAAGCAUUAGAUGAUAGUGAUAGAUUUUAUGUAAAUUAUUGUAAAAGUUUAGAAUCUAAACGUUUAGAUAAUGUUGAACCUUUAAUUGGCGCACCUUAUUAUUAUUCAGAUAUAGCGAAUGAAAAUUUAAGUUUAUUCAUUUCAGAGUCACAUAGAGCUGAAGGUUUAAGCCAAACUUGCAGGAGUCAUUCUAUUGAAGAAAUUAUUGAUGAUAAUGUUUAUUGUAAUUUAGAACCAAGAAAAUGUACGUCACCUAAAGAAGCAAUAUCGAGAUUAUUGCGUACAGCUGAAAUGAAAUCUCCUAAAACAACUAACUUAACUAUUAUAAACUUACCAUUGAGAUCGAGAUCUUUGGAUAAUUUAGAUAUUGAACCAGGUAGAAAAUCUGGCAGGCAGAGUGCUGAUGUAUUAAGUAAUAAAAAAAAUGAUGCCAUGUAUGUAAAUGAAGCUGUAUUUGAUAGGCAUAAAGAAUAUAAAGAUGAUUAUAGGACAAUAAAAAAAGGCAGAUGUAAAAGUGGUUCGCAGUCUUUUUUAGAGGAGGGUCUAUACCCGAUGACUCGACCACCAUCAAUGGAACAACUGGACAGGGAGAAAUUAAGACAAUGGGAUCUCAUGUCUACUGUCCCUGCCGUGAUGCUCAGUGCAACGCGCGCGUUCAAUCGUACUUCAGAGAAACAAGUGACAUUAACGCCUGCCGAAUCAAGCAUCAAGCAGCCAUCACUAAGUCGCCAUUUGGACGAAAUACCAGCAAGUUCGCCAGCGUCCGGUUGCGGAUCAGUGAUUGGACAAAGCCCAGUACAUCGAGAAUACCAAGAAAUUAAUGAAAUUAUUAAUAAAACAAUGGGAAGUAAUAAUAUUUUCCCAAACAAUAAUAAUACGAUGAAUAAUCAGUGGAAUUUGACAGUAUCUGCUGGUGAAUUACUUAAUCAAACUCAUGAAGAGUUAGUCUUGCUAUUAAUACAAUUGAGGAGACAAAGAGUUUCACUUUGUAAAGCCAUGGAAAUAUGUCAUAACGAUAUUAAAUCUCAGACUAGAUUAAUAGAAAUUGACACCAAAAUGGAAAAUUUUCAAAAACUAGCUGAUCUAAAAAAUCAUUUGCUUGAACUUGAAAAACAGUAUGAAAAAGGCAAACCUUUAGUAAACCUUGUUGAUAAUAUGGUGAAGUUGGGCUCAUUGUACCAAGCAAGUUCAACUUUUAAAAAUGACGAUGGUUUAGCUACCUCUACAAUAUUAAAAGAGCGGCUUGAGUUAAAUGAUAAAAUACAAGAAAAGCGAUUACUAGAUGAAGAAAGUAAAGAAUGGCAAAAAAUACUACCAAAUGUAAAUGAUCUUCAAGAAAAAGUUGACAUGCUUUAUGAUCUUGAUCAAUUAAUGCAGGAAGAGUCAGGAAAUUUAACAUAUUUAAGACAUGAUAAAGAACUGUUAGAAAAAGCGCUAGGUGGUUUAAAACAUAAAAUGAAUGGCAUACAUAGUCCUGCUGAACAAGAACAAUACAGAAAACAGCAAAAUAUUUUAGAAAGAGAACUUUGCGCAGUGAGAACUGUACUAGCUAAUAAUUCUAAAAAAUUGGAAGAAACUGUUGUAGCGAAUGCGAGGUUAGAAUCUGAAUUAUUAAUACUACGCCAAAAAUUACAGUCAUCUAGAAGAGUUACAGAUACAGGUGUUGGAGGUCCAACUGUAGCUUCAUUAGAAGCUGAACUAAGAAAAGUACAAUUACUAGUUGGUGAUUUACAAAGACAAAGAGAGGAUUUAAGUGCUCAAGUUCGACAGUUGACAGAAAAAUCUAAUACACUUACAAUGCAAAUGAACAACGAUGAUAAUUUAAUAAAAAGAAACAAAAAUUUAGUGAAUAGUUCAUGGGUAGAAUCUGACUUAGACAAUUUCGACCAAGAGGACAAAAAAAAUAACACUUCUAAGGAAAAACCUCAAGAAAUUAAGACUGUGAGGAUUGUUAAACGUGAAUCUGAAAGACGUCAAAGAGACAAAUGGUGUGGUAGUAAUGGACAUCCAUUAACAAGUGCCAGUGUAAAAUGUGUACCUGUUAUAGAAGAAUCUGAUAUACAAAUUGAGAACAGUUGUAUGAAAAAAUUAUCAGCUCAUGAACAGUUGUUUGGUUCAUUGACAAAUUAUGUUAUUCAUGAUAACUUUUUCAACUCAACCCAUGAAAAUUCACUUUUACUUGAAAAAGAUAGUCCAUUAUCACCUAUAUACCAAAGUGCAGCAGCUAGACAAAUUGUCGAGGAACUGUCUAAAAAAGAUCAAAAUGAUGAUUUUAAGCAAAAUGAUUCUUUAACUAAAAGAUUAAUACCUAGAGAAAAACGUAGACAUCACACAGUUACUAGCUUUCAGCCGAUAGCUAUUAAUGAUCCUAAUAAUAGGGAUGUUUGGAGAUCUCGAGAUGAUGUUGAUAUGGUUAGAGUGUUGCGUCCAGGUGCUCCAGAUGUAGUACGUUCAACUAUGAGUACGACUACUCGAUUUAAUGCCGAAACUAUAGAUAGUAUAUUGGGAACACCUGGAAAAAUUUGCAUACCUGAAAGAUACAUUCCAGAAUCAGCACCUGUGUCUCCAAACGAACAUAAAAAAAGAAUGUUCAAAGCAGAAGCUAUUAGAAAAAUGUUAUCCGAAUCAUCAUCUGUUCUUACAAUAGAUAAAGAAACUAAUGAAGUAAAUAUUACUGGAAAAAAUAAACUUAUAGAAGAAAAGAAACAAAGGGAUCAUAUACUCCAGUUAAAUCAAUUAUUAGCUCAACAAGUAAUGGAAAAAAGCAAGGUAGUAGCCUUAAAUGCUAUGGCUCAAAUAGAUUCGACUGAAAACAUAUUUUCUGAAUUUUAUCAAGUAGACUUAACACCUGAAGAAUUUCUUCCAAUAUUCCAACAGAGAGAAAACUUUUUUUCGUAAAAUAAUAAAACAAUUAUCUUAAAAUGUAUGUUGUUAAUAUAAAUAUAUUGUUGUGAAUAUUUUUUAAAUAUUUUAAGUAUGGUUGUAUAGUUUUAAUAAAAUUACUAAUUAAGCUGAUUAA